UUCUUCUAUUAUUUUAUGUAUUAUCUUAUUAUAAUACUUGAUUGAGAUAAAACACUACAAAAGUAAUUGAUCGGUCUCCCUUCUAGAUACUCGAGAUUUAAUAAAUUCUAUCUGCUUUGGAUUUACAUAUGAUUCUCCCUUUUUGUUAUACUUAACAUGUUUGAUGGCUAGCAUCUUUAUAUGUGCAAGAAGUUAAUUUGUCUUCGUUGCUCCAUUAAAAGAAGAGAACAAUUGGUGUUCUGGUAUCAAUGAGUUCUAAAUCUGUGAAACGCAUCUCAGAAUGCUUCAUCAAAUCACUGCAUGACCUCUCACCGGAGGCAAAGCAGCCUUUUCAUUUCACACCCUUCGAGCUGCCAUGCCUCAACAUCAGCUACAGCCAAAAGGGUCUUCUCUUUGCAAAGCCACCACCGUCGGAAAGUCAAGAUUUCUCCAUUACCGCUUACCUUGACGACCUCCGGCGAUCCCUCUCCGCCACCCUCGAUCAUUUCUACCCCCUCGCCGGCCGUUUGGUCACUAAAAAAGAAGAAAAUCCAGCUUCCUAUGUUAUCUACUUAGACCCUGAAAACAGCCCCGGCGUCAAGUUUAUUUACGCGACGGUGGACGCCACCAUAUCGGACAUCCUUCAGCCUGCUGAUGUACCCGUGGUUGUUCGUUCAUUUUUUGAUCUCAAUAACGCCAUUAGCCACGAUGGUCACACACUGCCAUUGUUAUCCAUUCAAGUUACAGAGCUUGUCGAUGGAAUCUUUAUCGGUGGAUCUAUCAAUCAUAUGGUCGCCGAUGGAACCUCUUUCUGGCAUUUCAUGGGUGCUUGGAGUGAAAUAUUCAAAUCCAAAGAACAAUCUCGUUGCUCAAUCUCUCGACCUCCGGUACUCAAACGAUGGAUCCUCGAUGGAUCUGACCCGAUCAUCAAUCUCCCGUAUACACACCACGAUCAAUUCAUCGAUCGAUUGGAAGUUCCGCCCUUUAUAGAAAGAUUCUUCCACUUCUCAUCAGCCUCCGUCUCCAAACUCAAAGCUAAAGCAAACUCCGAAUACAAUACUACUAAAAUCUCAAGUUUACAGGCAGUGAUCGCGCUUUUGUGGAGGAGCGUUACCCGUAUCCGGCGACUACCAGACGACAGUCAAACCAGUUGUAGAUUGAUGAUAUCUAACCGGCGGCGGCUGAACCCACCUCUGUCUGAUGAUUAUUUUGGUAACCCAAUUUCUAUGGUCAGAGGAACAGCAACCGUCGGGGAAUUGAUGGCAAAUGGGCUUGGGUGGGCGGCUUUCCGGUUGCACGAAGCGGUGAUAAAUUACACUGAUACAUCAGUUAAGGAAAGCGUUAAGUCAUGGAUUGAAAAUCCAUUCAUUAUAAAAUUAAGUAAGAUGAUCGAUCGAAACUUCAUUCACGUUGGGAGCUCACCGAGGUUUGACAUGUAUGGAUGCGAAUUCGGGCUGGGGAAAGCGGUGGCGGCUAGAAGUGGGUGGUUGAAUAAGGGCGACGGGAAGAUAACGAUGUAUCCUGGACGGGAGGGUGGCGGGAGCAUGGAUGUGGAAAUUUGUUUUGCUUCAUCACAAACUAUGAUGGAUCUUGAAUGCGAUGAGGAAUUCAUAGAUGCUCUAAAGAUCGAACGAUGAUAAGCAAAAAUGUAAAAUAUUCAUGAAUGAAAGCUCCCUGUUUGAUGUGGGUCCUUUCAAGCUGUCCCUCGUUUUCCGAUCAACGGCUGAUAAUUUACCGCUUCUGGUGUUUUCAAUUUGGUGUUUUCAAACCUGAAUUGAGUUUUACAUAUAUUUUGAUUUAAAUAAAAUUUGAAUAUUUACCGA